CUUAGGGAUAUGCCUCCGGUAAAGGAUGAUUUGAUAAGAGAAAUUAAUUGUGUAGAUAUAAAUUUAUCUGAAAAAAGUCCAGCAAAAGGGACGACACUCGUUGAUGUAAGAGCAUGUAAUAAACCUGCCGCUAAGUGUUUAUAUCGCAGCUCGUGAUGUGGGCGCCUGAAUUUUCAUUAAUUUGUUUACAUGAUUAAGUUUUGUAAAAUGCACAGUGUUCAUAGUUGUGGAGUGUGAAUCUUUUGUAGUGCAUGCUUUGAAAUCGCACCCGAGUAGUGGAGACGACAUGACUAAUUCCCAGGUAUGGUUCCGUGGCGUGAGAAGCUCCAAGUUCCGCCAUGUAUACGGUGUGCCAUUCAAGCGGGAACGAUGCUAUGAUAACAUAAAGAUAACAAGGAAUGCCCACGAUUCCAACUUCUGUGCGGUCAAUCCUAAGUUCGUGGCGAUCGUCACAGAGGUCGCUGGUGGCGGUGCCUUCCUCGUGCUGCCCUUAGACCACACCGGUCGGCUAGACUUCAACGCGAGUCGCGUCACGGGCCACAAAGGCCCGGUACUCGACAUCAAAUGGAAUCCGUUCAACGAUAACAUCAUAGCCUCGUGUUCCGAUGACUGCACGGUAAAACUAUGGCACAUUCCGGAUGGAGGUUUAUCUAUGCACCUGACUGAUUGGCUUGUUGAAUUGCAUGGACACAAGCGCAGAGUUGCAUACAUCGAAUGGCAUCCGACUGCUGAAAACAUCUUGCUUAGCGCUGGGUUCGAUUACUUGAUCUUCGUAUGGGACGUGGGUAAAGGAGAGGCGGUGAAGGUGAUCGACUGCCACAGUGACGUCAUCUACUGCAUGUCCUUCAACCGCGACGGGUCGUUGCUCGCCACCACGUGUAAGGACAAGAAGUUGAGAGUCAUCGAACCGAGGCGAGGGAUCGUUCUAUCGGAGGGCACGUGUCACUCUGGCACGAAGGCGUCGAAGUGCACCUUCGUCCGGCAGGGCCGCGUGCUGACGACGGGCUUCUCACGCCACAGCGACCGCCAGUACGCGCUGUGGGACCCGCACUCGCUCGCCGCGCCGCUGCUGCAGGAGACCAUCGACAGCUCCUCGGGCGUCGUCUUCCCCUACUACGACCACGACACCAACAUGGUUUAUCUGGCUGGCAAAGGCGAUGGAAAUAUACGCUAUUACGAGGUGGUUGACGAGCCCCCGUAUAUACAUUUCCUGAACCAGUUUCUGUCUGGUAAUCCUCAGCGCGGGCUGGGCUUCAUGCCGAAGCGCGGCGUGCAGGUGGGCGCCUGCGAGGUGUUCCGCUUCUACAAGCUGCACACGUCGCGCGGCCUGUGCGAGCCCAUCUCCAUGAUCGUGCCGCGCAAGUCCGACUGCUUCCAGGAGGACCUGUACCCGGACACGGCGGCGCCGCAGCCGGCGGUGAGCGCGCGCGACUGGCUGGGCGGAGUCAACGCGCCGCCGCUACUCAUCAGCAUGAAGACCGGUGUCACCAUUUCGACACACAAGCCCCGUACGAACAAGGACGCGCCGGCGCUACAACCUCAGGACGCCAACAACAGGAAGAAGUUCGCGUUCCUCUCCCGCGAAACAACGCCCGACUACCGCCCGCUGGCCACCUGGCAGGAAAAUCAUGACAAUGAAAUACCACAGGUGCAAGUAACUGAAAAAUGUCAGAAGACAAACGCUAAUCAGAACACGAAGUUCCAUCAGCUACAACGAAUGUUCGGCAAGCAGACGGGCGAGACCGAACCCGUGCCGCUCUACAAGCAGAUCAACCAAGGAGAUGUCUUCAACACUGAGAAUGAGUUACGUCUCGCUUUCAACCGACAAGGCGAAGAAUUGAGAAUUGUAAAGCGACAGCUGCAGAACAGUCAGCAGCGGGUACGAGAAUUGGAGCAACACAUCGCUUCCCUUCAAUCGCGAUUGCAACACGAAAACUAAGCUUAAUAUUGAACUGCCUACGACGCCUUUCAAAUUGACCUUGCAUAUAUAUAAAAUUGGAUCUUUAUAUUAAGAUUAUUAUGAUCAAUGUUUUUAAUUGAAAUAUGACAUAAAUUUGAAUUUCAAGAUUCAAAUGAAACAAUAUUAUAUAUAUUUUAAAUUGUGUUUUUGAUUUAUGGGCACAACUUGAUUUAUAUUAUAUAAGUUACCUUAUUUCUAAAAACUAUAUUUUUUUUUUGUUUAUAAAUUUCAUAGUAAAAUAACUGAAUUCUACAUUUAUGCUUAAGCUAUUGCAUUGUGAAAAUUAAUAUUAAAGUCUUAAAAGCUGUGUGCCCUUGUACAACGGAAUGUGUCCUGUAGGAACCUUUGAAGACAUCUGUACUAUUAUUUUGUAGUGCCAACCGGAAGUCGAAGCUUUAACUCGCUUGUCCAACAAGCCAUCGCUUAAUAUAUAUUUUAAGUUUAGUUGGUUCUGUAUUGGAUUAAGAUACCGAAACUUUUGGCUGUCUUAUAAAAAGGCAAUACAGCAAUGAUGCCUUUAUAAAUGUAGGGAUAUUUUCGAUACUAGAUGUAUCCUCCACUAUUACGUUUAAAAUAUGACUUAUUCUACUAUAAGGCUCGUACACAAGUUGAUGACCAAAAUAUUAAUACUUUAUGCUUCGUGUACUUGUGAUAAUUUGUGUAAUACACAUUAGGCAUAUAUAACAUGGGUUGUUUUUUCUAUGUCAAUGCAAUCAUUAAUACACAACUUAAUAUAAUCUUUAUUAUUUACUUAUAAAUUACAUAACAUGUAUUUCCAUAUUCCAAAAUUAUUCGUAUUUGUGUGUUAAUCAUCAUUCAUCAUAGUUAUCAUUUUAAUAUAUGAAAACGCAACAACUUUUAACAAAAUUAUCUGAGACUUGCUAAUAGGGCAGUGGGAACAAAAUUAUCAUUCCAUUAUUACUAUUUUUACAUUUGUAUGUUAUAUAUUUAUAUGGCCUAAUGUUUUAUUAUAAUAAAAAUAUAAUCAUAAGGCUAUCGUUAUUAAAAAUUCGGACAUGACAGUUGUGAUGACAUUUUAUUAGUAAAUUUAUGAAUGUGUAUGUUUUAUUUGAUGUAAUCGCUCACUUGCUUUAAGCAACUGUCUUGACACUGUGACUAUGACUUAAAUUAUUUGUAUUUACAUUUAUAUGGAAAAUUAAAAUAUUGUCGUUAUCUGUAUAGUAAGUAACUUACUGAUAUAGUUAUGAGAUCUGAGAUUUUGAUAAUUCUCCAAAGUUAAGAAAGACGCGUAGUAAUUGCAUUUUCUUGUUCGCUAUGAUUUUAUAAAAAACAACAAAAAGUAUAAUAUUAUAUUGUGAAUGCAAAAUUUGAUAUAUUUUAUACUUUUGACUUAAUAAAAAUUGAAAUUUAUAUAAUUACUCCAUACCAAAUGAUCGUAAAAAAAGUUUUUGUUGAUAAUGUAAAGUGCGCGUGAGCAAAGUUCGGCAUCUUUUUUUAGUUUAUAAAGCAAGCGAGCAGUUAAAAAAAAAACUCGUUUAUACAUUACUAUAUUUGUGCAAUUAACGUAAGGGUUUUACGAAUGACAAGAUUUUUUUUAUAAUGUCAAUAAUUCAAUACUGCCUAGAGCACUAUUUCAAAAAGCACACAAUAAAAGUUUAUUCCCAGUUUUAUUAUUAAGUUGAUUUGUUAGUAAUUAAUUUAGUCCGAUUUACAAUUAUUGUUACCUGUUAAUUUUAAAUGUUUGUUUUAUUUUUAUGUGACAAUUUUGUAUGUGUUUGAUUACAAUGUAAUAUUAGAUAUAUUCGAUUCUCUGAAUUUCUUGUCUAUAGAUAAACAAAACAAGGAAAUGUCUAAAAAUAAGAUUUUGGUAUAAAGUUUGUGUGUAAUGUAGUCACUGGUUUAUCAACUCUCAUCUUAUAUUUCAAGCAUUUAAAAUGUCAUAAAUUGUAGGUUUUAUUUUUGUUAGAAUGAAGCUAGAUUUUUUUUUUCGUAACAAAGAAACAUUUUCUAAGCAUUAUAUAACAAGUAUUUGUAUCUAUUUGUAAUUUGCAUAAAAAUGUACUGCCAAGAACAGUUUAAAAAUAAAGUGUACAAAAAUGUUACCUGAAAUUUUUCUACAUAUAGAAUGAAAUGAAAUGGUUUUUUAAAAUGUAAAUUUUAGAGUAGGUGCUACAUCCUUGAACAGCUUUUUGCUUAACUGAAAUAUAAGAUUGCUUAAAAUGGAUUUCAACAUAAUUGUAGUAAGCUAGCUUUUAUAAGAAUCAAUGUUUUUAACAAAAUGUAUGGCUACUAAUUAAAAAUGAUAUAUAAAAGAGUAUAUUAUCAUUAAGUUUUCAUCAACAAUAAAAUAUUUGUAUUUUGUGACAGUAAGCUCUGUACUAUGUAGUCUAUUAAAAUUGCUUAAAGGCAAAUCGUUCAAGUUAAUUUUUUUACUAAAUUAUAAUUGCAAAAUGAGGGAAGUAUUUUCAUACUGUUGUUUAUUACAUUCCACUUAAGCAUCGAUAUUAGGUAAGUGAAAUGAAUCAAAAAGUAUUAUUUCAUAUAAGCUAAAUUAGUUAUUUAGUUUUGUGGCUAAGUCUAUGUUAAUAUUUAUUGUGUAUUUUUAUAUUAUGCUUGUGUAGCACAAAUUUUCAAUAAAUGUUUGAACAUUUA